AUAUAAAACGCCAUUUUUCGUGCAUGCCAUGACGCUGCGUUCGGUAUGUAAGGGAGGUAUCGUGUAGUAUAGCACGUUUAGAUAUUUAUUGAUCCAGAAAUUAGAAACUAAGUAAAAUGUAAGCGCUAUUAAAACUUUAUUUUAUAUAGGCAGCUAGUUUAAGAAGAAAUAUUUAACCGGAGAAGAAGUAAAGUGUACCAACACUGCCGGACGCUACGAUCGUGCGCUUGCUUGUUGUGAAUGCUUUAAAUCCCUGUAGUAUCUGUGAAUUUAACGAACUUUUUGGAGUAUAUUUAGUACAUUUAGAUUUGCUAUUUUCAAGUAAUAAGAAAUUUUGACAUGCAGUGAAAAUUCCGCCGUUUCGAAUUGUCGUCCGGUGUCAACCUGCAACGGCACAUUAAACGUGAUGUUUAACAUACAUCGAAGCUGUGUAAUGUCUUAUGAAGAAGAAAUUCUGAAGGCAGAUGAAUUGGGCAAGGAGGAUUGUAUAUUGGAACCAGAAGUUAUUGUAACUGUAAAAGAAGAAGUUAAGGAUGGAGAAGAUACUGGUAGUUCUGUGAGUGCAACCCCACGUGAUAAUGCCAUAUCUUCUAAUGAAAACUUUGAGUUUGUGGUGGUGAAGGAUGAACCACAGGAUGAUAUAUCUGGUGGGGAGGAGGAUGGUCUCAGCAUUGAAAUAACAGAAGGGAAUGCCUUGGGUGCUUCAGAACAUGGGCUAAUAUCACAGCAAGGAAAGACAUGUGAGGAUGAUCAAGUUAAAUCUAACAAAGGCAACUCUGUUCCACAAAGCAUGGUAGGAGCUGCAGAAAUGCAUGAUGGAAGUCAACAGACUGCUCCUCAAACAAUAGAAGAACCUCUGGCUGGGCCUUCGACUAGUGGAGUUGAGAAAAUGAUACCUGAAAUUUCGCAGAAUGAUAUCAAGCCUGUUGGAAUGCAUAAGUCUAGCAGUAUUGGACUUAAAAGAACCAUUGGCAAGUUUAUAUGUAAACACUGUGGCAAUAUCUUUGAGACAUUUGUAGAAUUUGAAGUCCAUGUUAAAACACACAUUAGUGAGAAACCAUUUACUUGUCCAUGUGGUAGAAGCUACAUGCACAAAGGACAUCUCAAGGAACAUAUGUUAACUCACACUGACCGGAAGCCACAUAUAUGCUCAGAGUGUGGUAAGAGUUUCGCACACAAGGGAGACCUUACCAUACACAUGAGAAUUCACACUGGUGAAAAGCCGUACUCAUGCACAGAAUGCGGGAAGAGUUUUGUUCAAGGAGGACAAUUAAAAAUGCAUAUGAGGACACACACAGGUGAAAAACCAUAUAGUUGUUCUGUUUGUGGUAAAAGUUUUGUGCAGAAGCAUAACAUGUUAGAUCACAUGUUCCUACAUACUGGAGAAAAGCCAUAUAGUUGUACUUUAUGUGGUAGAAGUUUUGUUCAAGGAUGUCAUCUGAAAGAUCACAUGAAGACUCAUAGUGGGGAGAAACCACAUUCAUGUAGUUUUUGUGGAAAAAGUUUCUUGCAAAAUAGUGAUUUGAGGGUUCAUGUGAGGGGACAUACAGGUGAGAAACCGUUUAGCUGUACUCAGUGUGGGAAGAAUUUUGCUCGCAGUGGGGUUCUGAAGCGGCACAUGCUGACUCAUACUGGGGAAAAACCAUACAAGUGCUCCCUUUGUGGUAAACAAUAUACCCAAAGCAGCAAGCUUAAGCGCCACAUGAUGAUAUUGCAUAAUAAGAAGGAAAUUACUUCUGAGACUCCGAAGGUUAUUCUUCUGCCCAGUUUGUGCAACAGAGAAGAAAUACAGCAUGAAGAUAGUAAUGGAGAGAGUGUAAUCCCUGAUAGGAAAGAUAGCAUAAGUAAAGAAUGUAUAUUGCCUCAUUGACAUUAUAAUUUAUUCAGCAGUGUGUUAAGAAGCAAACAGUAAUGGCCCAUUUAUUAGGAUGUGUGCCUUGUUAUUAGGUUUUUAUUCCAUAUGUGUUAUGUUAUUUUAUAUCAGUAUUUGAUCAUAGAGAACAGUUGGGAUAGCAUAUUCAGUAUAGCAGCUAGCAAUGGGCUGGACAACUGAGGGGUCGGAGUUCAAGUCCCAGUAGGGUCAAGAAUUUUCUCUUCUUCACAUUGUUCA